AUGGUAGAAAAGAAACCAGAAGAUCUUGAUAAGACUUUCAAAGACGCCCAAGACUUCAUCCAAAACUAUAAAGACCCUAAGGUUUCGCUGAAUAACAAUGAGAAACUUAGAUUCUAUUCUCUUUAUAAGCAAGGGACCUUUGGAGAGUGCACUGGACCAUAACCAUCAAGACUAAAGCUUAUUGAGAGAGCAAAGUAUGAUGCUUGGAAAUCACUCGGAAAGAUGUCCUCAGAGGACGCCAAGAAAACUUUCAUCGAGGAACUUAAGAAAAAGAUCCCUGCCUAUGCACCGAAACUCUGA